AUGGAAGAUCUGCUUCCAAGGGCCAAGGCCGCAGACUUGCAUCCGUUGUCGUCGGAUUACCAACAUCUGCGUCGUGAUUGGUUAGCGGAAACGCCACCCGCAUCAAAACAUUUUGCUGAUUGGUGGAAGGCUGUCUGUAUUGGAUAUAGGAACGCUCCGUACAACCCAGCUGUUGGUCAUGAGGAGGAGGAUGAUUUCAUUCAAACCAAAAAAAAUUCCACAAAGCGAUCCGAAAUACAUUACAUACGUUUCAUGCUGAAUACACCGUACAGAGACUGUAACACGAAGCGAAACGAAAUAAACUCCCCAAGACAUGCGGCAUGCUGA